GUGUGCGGCGUUGACAACAUCAUGGUGCGCCCAAUCAAGAGCACUCGCGGCGCGGCGAGCGUCGCCGACAAGCUGGAAGAACGCUUGAAGCAAGGUGACUACUAUGGUGCAUUGCAAAUGUACAAGACGCUGUACAGUCGGUAUGCUGCUUCCGGCGACCACUUGCGCGCGAUUGAACUCGCGCACACUGCGGCGGUGCAACUUGCCAACCACGACCAGUGGACCGCGUCUCGGGAAAUGGGAUGUUUGUUACUGGACUUGUACGUCGCGAACAAGGUGCCCGUCGACGAAAGUAACAAAAGCCGCAUCAAGGCGAUCUCGGAAGCGUUUCGCAACGCGUGUCCGAAGGAAGAAGCCGAGUUUCUGAAACACGCUGUUAAGUGGAGCAAAACGAACGGGACGCGCCAGCGCGGUGACACCGAGUUGCAACUUUGGCUCGCUCGAGUGUACACUCACGAGAAAGACUUCACGAGCGCUAAUAACCACUACUUGCAUGCGGAGAGCCCCGUCGAGUUUGCUGGCGUGUUGGCGCAGCAUGCCAACGAAGGCUACGCGAGCGAAUCCGAUCUCUUCGUCGCACGAGCAGUUCUUCAAUUGGCAGCAUUGGAGAACUUGAGGGAUGCCAACGAAGUUUUGGCCACGUUUUUGGCUAAGAAGCCGCUUGACACGCCGCUCAUCAAUUUCGUCAAGUUUCUCCUGCGUACGCUUGAGCGGGAUGCGCUGCCGCUGUUCCAGCUCCUCCAAGAGCGCUACUCGCAUGCACUGUCGCGUGACCCGGCCUUCCGCAAUUUUUUGCAAAUCAUCGGCCAAAAGUACUACAACGUUCAGCCGCCACAGUCUGCGUUGAGCUCGCUCAUGAGCAUGUUUGGCGGUGGUAUGUAAGAGUUUACAUGAACCACAGUACGCGUUCAUCUUUGACGAACAUGUCUGCCCCACGCGCAUUGCAGUAAUAUUCGAUCGGGAGGGAGAUCCCUUCACGCUGUUCGCUUUACAGUAAUCCGCGAACAGCCGAACCCUUGAAAUACAUUCUAGCUUGGAUUCACA